AUGGUUAAUGAGGGAAUUGUCUUAGGACAUAAAAUUUCCAAGAACGGAAUUGAAGUGGAUAAAGCAAAGGUGGAUGUAAUUGAAAGAUUACCACCUCCAGUUAAUGUGAAAGGAGUUAGAAGUUUCUUAGGCCAUGCUGGUACCAAAAUUACUGUGUUUACCGAUCAUGCUGCCAUUAAGUACUUACUUAUGAAGAAAGAUGCUAAACCAAGGCUAAUUUGUUGGAUACUUUUAGUUCAAGAAUAUGACCUUGAGAUCCAAGGCAGAAAAUGUGUUGAAAAUAAAGUAGUUGAUCAUCUAUCGAGGUUAGAACAAAAGGGGGUAACUUCUUCACUUGUUCCAAUUAAUGAGAAUUUUCCUGAUGAGCAUAUCUUCGAGAUGCCAAAGAACGGAAACAUAUCAAGGAGGAAUGAGAUGCCUUUGACAAAUAUUUUAGAGGUAGAACUAUUCAAUGUAUGGGGCAUUGAUUUUCUAGGCCCGUUUUCUUCUUCUUAUGGGAACAAGUAUAUUUUGGUAGCUGUGGACUAUGUAUCCAAGUGGGUUGAAGCCGAGGCGUGGCUUAAGUGGUUGCUUGACAAGUAUGAUGUGAAACAUAGGAUUGCUACUGCCUAUCACCCACAGUCAAAUGGGCAAGUUGAAAGGGUGAAUCAAGAAAUCAAAGGUAUCCUUGAGAGGGUGGUGUACCCUAACAGAAAAGAUUGGUCUCGAAGGCUCGAUGAUGCUUUAUGGGCCUAUUGA